AGGAAAACACCAGCUUGAAUAGCCGGCGCUUGUCUCUGGUCUUGCCCCAGACUUAUUUUAAUUAAAGCUCGCCCUCACCCGCUGCCGGGUGACUCUGCCAUUCUUUGCAUUUCCGAGCUCUUCUUUCCUUCAGCGUGUGUCUGCGAUGGCUUCCAUUCUACGCUCCAGGGCCGGCGUCAGGGCUGCUGCUCAGGUCAGAUGCUUCAGCUCGACUCCUAGACAUGCCGCUGCCUCUGCUUUCUUCACCAACGAGCCGGCUGGUCCGACUGUAAAGACUGCCAUCCCGGGACCAAAGAGCAAGGAGGCCAUCUCCCAGCUUGACCGCGUCUUCGAUACUAGGAGCUUGAAUAUGCUGGUUGACUACCAAAAGUCCACCGGAAAUUAGUACGCUAUAGCUCUCUCAAUUGCACUGUUUACGGGUCAAGUGGACGGAAUUACUGACAGACACACUUGGUGUAGCAUUGCGGACUUGGACGGAAACGUCUUGCUUGAUGUGUUUGCCCAGAUUGCUUCUAUCCCAGUGGGAUAUAACAACCCAGCAUUGCUUGCUGCCACCAAGACCACCGACAUGGCCAGUGCCCUCAUCAAUCGCCCAGCACUCGGCAACUUCCCCUCUCACAACUGGGCAAGCAUCCUCGAGUCUGGUCUCUUGCGAGUUGCCCCCAAGGGUCUUGACCAGGUGUUUACCUCUACUACUGGCUCUGAUGCCAAUGAGACUGCCUACAAGGCUGCUUUCAUGUACUAUGCUCAGCGUCAGCGUGGUGGUCCUGAUGUAGAAUUUUCCUCCGAGGACAUCUCUUCCACUAUGGUAAACCAAGCUCCUGGCUCCCCCAACUACUCUAUCAUGUCAUUCACUUCCGCAUUCCACGGCCGUCUCUUCGGCUCCCUCUCCACCACCCGCAGCAAGGCCAUCCACAAGCUUGAUAUCCCGGCCUUUGACUGGCCCCGUGCUCCUUUCCCACAGCUCAAGUACCCACUCGAUCAAUUCGCUGCUGAGAAUGCCGCAGAGGAGAAACGCUGCCUUGAGGAAGUCGAGAGACUGAUCAAGGAGUUCCACAACCCUGUCACCGCCGUUGUUGUUGAACCAGUCCAGUCUGAGGGUGGAGACAACCACGCCUCCGCAGCCUUCUUCCAGGGUCUCCGCGAAAUCACCAAGCGCAACAACGUCCUCUUGAUUGUCGACGAAGUUCAGACUGGUGUCGGUGCAACUGGUAAAUUCUGGGCUCACGAGCACUGGAACCUAUCCACCCCACCAGACAUUGUCACCUUCUCCAAAAAGGCACAGGCCGCCGGUUACUACUUCGGCAACCCAGCUCUGAGGCCUAACAAGCCAUACAGACAGUUCAAUACUUGGAUGGGUGACCCAGCUCGUGCUCUCAUCUUCCGUGCCAUCAUCGAGGAGAUUGAGCGUCUUGAUCUAGUCAGACACACCGCACAGACAGGAGACUAUCUCUUCGCUGGCCUUGAGCGCCUGGCCGAGAAGUACCCUGGACAAUUCAACAGCCUACGUGGAAAGGGACAAGGCACCUUCAUCUCAUGGGACAGCCCUCAGCGCGAUGCCGUGCUAAAGCGCGGUAAGGAGGUUGGCAUCAACAUUGGUGGAUGCGGCGAGUCGGCCGUUAGGUUGAGACCCAUGUUGGUCUUCCAGAAGCACCAUGCUGACAUUCUUCUCGAAUCUCUCGAGAAAAUUGUCAAGUCAUAAAGAGUGCCGUAUUAUUGCUUUAAUUGUUAUGUUUCGUAUCUUUCUUCUGUUUUUUCGUGUGCAAAUUGCACGUUUGGGUCAAUUCAGGGAGAAAUACAAUCCCUAGCUUAGCUUUAGAGAUGUUUCACGAGCCUAAUAUGAACUUCCAGCAAACGUCUUACUUGCUGCAGUAUAUAAACUUGCUUUUUUCUCCCGAUGAGCUUCUGUUCUAUGAUUUAUUCUAUUACGUAGUAGAAGUCCCAGAAAAAUAUGUCUGAACACAAAAGGCACUAUAAACGCCUUCGCCUUGCUACCAGCCAGUAAACCAAAUGAUAGCACCGAACCCCUUGAACAAAACCCAUGAGCUAGUGUGUAUAAAUCACUUUAACCAUCGUUAUCGGCGGCACUCCCAUCCCUCCUAAAAAUACCAG